AUUUACCACGACGAAGAUGAAACGGAUAGUACAUAUAGGCUAUAUCCUGCUUGGAUUUAUUUUACUUAACACAAAAGUUGCUGAUUGUAUCACAUGCUUAAGCUGUCACAAUAUCGCAGACUUAAGUAACUGCAAAGAAGCCAUAGUGUGCACUGCUAACCAGACAUGCUACAUAGAAAAAAUACUGUCUCCAGUUGACUUCAAACCGGUUUACAAUACUGGAUGUAAGGAAUUGGAUUAUUGCAAAUUACAAUUAUGUAAUAAGAACGCAUACGGUGACGGGAAUUCGAGGAAGAAACGGGUAGACAACGAUUUAGUGCUAUGUUCCGAGUGCUGCUUCCAGGAUAGCUGCAAUGCAGAAGGAUGCGGUUAUAAACAACCAUCGAACAACAUCACGCAAUGUUUUAAAUGUGACGAGGUUUAUAUGGGAGGACCACAGUGUACAGAAACCGAAGAUUGUGAUCUGCAACAAUACGUAUCUGUAUCUGUGAGGGUACGUCGUAGCAACCGAAAUCUGGCUUAA